AUGGCCGCCGUUUACUUCGAGACAAGCUGGGCCAUUUUGAGCACUAUUGGCCUGGCCAACACGCUGUUUGGAUUCAUCGUUGCUGGUAUCACGGCCUUCUCGCCUGUAUCACUUAUACCUAUUGUUGUUUCCAUCGCAGGCUCUAUCGCCAAUGGGUUGUGUUACUACAGUUUCUAUGCAGACUACCCCAUUUUGAACACAGCGGUUGCAUCUGGUGUUGCGGAUGUCAUGUGGAUGAUUCAAGAAUCAGGCAUUUCCUUCUACAGUUAUGCUAUUCUCACUCGCGUCCUGUGCAGCCGCGAUCGUAUUAUUUUCAAGUCUCUAUUCUGGGUAGCUUUAGGGGCCAUCUUCAUUCUCAGAAUGAUGAUACUGGUUUCCCGGGUGAAGAUACUCGUGAAUGGAGAAUCUGAUCUUAUGCCGACUAUCAACGAUCUUCACGUGGGCUAUUUCUCAUGCCUAGCUGUGCUUGAGUGUCUCAGCGCUUUCUUCCUCUUGCGCAAGUUUGCGGCGGCGAAAUCGAUAUCGCAAGGGGCAUCGACCGCAUCAGCGCUCUUCCAGCACUUGAUGCGAAGUACGGAGAUCCGCCUCGCCAUCCUGGCAUUGAUCGGGGUUACGAGGGCGGUCACCUACUUUUUUCAGCCCGCAGUUCAGCAAGCCCGGACAGUCGCAGGCCAGAUUGAUAGGUUUGUAUACACUCUUGAGUGUAUGUUUCCGGUGAUGAUUUUUAUCGACAUUCUUGCCUCGCGUUUGGUGUAUGAGCAGAGCACCCACGAGAAUUCGUCUUUUCGGCUUGCGAACAGAAAUAAUUCAAUUCAAGAACGAUUGCCGUCGGCUGGAGGUAAUGGAACACAGAUCGCCUCUGUAUGGAGCGGGGGAAAGAGGGCAAAGCUACAGGUCCGGAGGGAGUCCGGGACAAGUCGAUCAUCGCUUUUCCCACCAGAGAACGUUAGUGACGGCUCAGAUAGCAGUAAUCGCGACUUUGGUGUGAUUGAUUUUACCAUGACAUCGGGGAUCACUAAACCGAUUGAGAUCAAGGUUGAAAACAAUACUCAGACGCGUCCGCAAGACGCCCAGGAGACAGGUUCUACUUAA